AUGAUUGAAGAUUGUGGGAAAAGAGGAAAUACCAUGGCAGAAAGAAGGCAGCUGUUUGCAGAAAUGCGGGCUCAAGAUCUGGAUCGCAUUCGUUUGUCCACCUACCGAACAGCAUGCAAGCUUAGAUUUGUUCAGAAGAAAUGCAACUUGCACCUGGUGGACAUCUGGAACGUGAUAGAAGCCUUGCGGGAAAACGCGCUGAACAACCUGGAUCCCAGCAUCGAGCUGAACGUGGCUCGCCUGGAAGCCGUGAUUUCAACUAUCUUCUACCAGCUCAACAAACGGAUGCCGACGACCCACCAGAUCAACGUGGAGCAAUCCAUCAGCUUACUGCUCAACUUCUUGCUGGCAGCCUUUGAUCCGGAAGGACAUGGUAAAAUUUCCGUUUUUGCUGUCAAAAUGGCCUUGGCAACUCUUUGUGGAGGAAAGAUCAUGGACAAAUUAAGAUAUAUUUUCUCAAUGAUUUCUGACUCCAGUGGAGUGAUGGUUUAUGGCAGAUACGACAUGUUUCUGCGGGAGGUUCUCAAGCUGCCCACGGCUGUUUUCGAAGGGCCUUCAUUUGGUUAUACUGAGCAAUCAGCAAAAUCCUGUUUCUCGCAACAAAAGAAAGUCACAUUAAACACUUUCUUGGAUACUCUCAUGUCUGAUCCCCCGCCGCAGUGUCUAGUGUGGUUACCACUUCUGCAUCGACUGGCAAAUGUUGAGAAUGUCUUCCACCCCGUCGAGUGUUCCUACUGCCACAGCGAGAGCAUGAUGGGGUUUCGCUACCGCUGCCAGCAGUGUCACAAUUACCAGCUCUGUCAGGACUGCUUCUGGAGGGGCCAUGCCAGCGGUUCCCACAGCAACCAGCACCAAAUGAAAGAGUACACGUCAUGGAAAUCACCUGCUAAGAAGCUAACUAAUGCACUUAGCAAGUCUUUAAGCUGUGCUUCCAGCCGUGAACCUUUGCACCCAAUGUUCCCUGACCAGCCUGAAAAACCUCUAAACCUGGCUCAUAUUGUGCCCCCCCGACCUGUAACCAGCAUGAACGACUCACUCUUCUCCCACUCUGUUCCCUCAGGAAGUCCCUUUGCAAACAGAAGCUCUCCUUCCAAGAAUACUGAAGUAGAGCAGAGCAAACUGCUGGCUAGGGCUGCUCCAGCUUUCUUGAAAGGCAAAGGGUUACAGUACAGCCUCGAUGUUGCAGACAGGCUGGCCGAUGAACAUGUACUCAUCGGGUUGUAUGUCAACAUGCUGCAGAGCAACCCCGCACGCGUGCUCGACAGCGCAAGUCGCCUGGAUGAAGAACAUAAGCUGAUCGCCAGGUAUGCAGCAAGGCUGGCAGCAGAAACUUCUUCAUCACAGCAGGGGCAGCAGAGAGGGGCAGCAGAUAUCUCCUUCACCAUCGAUGCAAACAAGCAACAAAGGCAGCUGAUUGCAGAGCUUGAAAAUAAAAACCGAGAAAUCCUACAGGAGAUCCAGAGGCUGCGACUUGAACAUGAGCAAGCGUCCCAGCCCACACCAGAGAAGGCACAACAGAAUCCCACUCUCCUGGCAGAGCUCCGGCUCCUGAGACAGCGGAAGGAUGAGCUGGAACAGAGGAUGUCUGCUCUCCAGGAAAGCCGGAGGGAGCUUAUGGUUCAGUUAGAAGGCCUCAUGAAACUGCUGAAGGAAGAAGAAUUGAAACAGGUAACCCAAGGGGCGGGCUCCCCGCGUUCCUCACCCAGCCACACUAUCAGUCGACCGAUUCCAAUGCCCAUCAGGUCUGCCUCUGCCUGCUCCACCCCGACCCACGCACCUCAGGACUCUCUGACUGGGGUGGGAGGAGAUGUGCAGGAAGCCUUCGCACAAAGUGCAAGACGAAACUUAAGAAAUGACUUGCUGGUGGCAGCAGAUUCAAUCACCAACACCAUGUCUUCUUUGGUAAAAGAACUAAAUUCUGAAGUGGGCAGCGAGACAGAAAGCAACGUGGAUUCUGAAUUUGGACGGACUCAUUUUGAUGACCUCGUUCCAUCCCCAACGUCUGAGAAGGCUUUCCUCGCGCAGAUCCAUGCCCGGAAGCCAGGAUACAUCCACAGUGCUGCUGCCACCGGCUCCAUCCGCAGUGACAUGGUUACAGAAGAUGGAGACCCCUAUGUCAGAGCAGAUGACGAAAAUUACGAGAAUGACUCUGUCCGCCAGCUGGAGAACGAGCUGAAAAUGGAGGAGUACCUGAAGCAGAAGCUGCAGGAUGAGGCAUACCAGGCAAGCUGCAGUCAGACGGACAACGAAAGCUACGUAAGAACUGAUGAUGAGGAGAGCUGCUUUCGGACAGACGAUGAAGAAAACUCGGCUGCCAACUUCACGGAAGAGUGGAACCAAGAGGUGCAGCGUCUCUUGACAAAAAACCCGCAUAACUAAGUUCUGAGGACUGUAGCACAGUACUUUUGUUCUAAGAGUUGUAGUUUGUAGAUGUGUGUUUUUGACAACAAGACUUUUGUUUAAAGCUAACUUAUAUUAGCUUCAUCUUCUGUAACAUGGCUCAUCACCGGUGAAGAACCAGACUGACGUACACGUACUGCUGUCACAAAGGAUGGCGGUAUUAAUAACUCACGUAAACCCUUUGCACAUGAUAUUGAACCUGUUCAGUUUACAAUGACGAUACUGUUUAUAGAUAGGAAUUUGAUUUCUGAAUACUUUGAGAUUUUAGUAGAUCAGUUUACUAUACACUGUACAUUUUUUCCACAGAAGAAGUAAAAAGCUACGAUUAUGCAUUUAACACUGAAUGAUUAUACUCCUGAGUGUAUAUAUCUAGUAGCCCAAAAAACAAAGUACCAGACUAUAUUUGCAAUUUGUUUGCAAGUCUUUAAAUUAAGACUUAUACAAAAUGUACUAAAAUAAUAAUAAUAAUAAUAAUAUAAUUAAUAAUAUUCAUUAAAAACCUCUCUAAUUUAGGGCUAAUGUGUAACUUAGGAAUGUUUCUUUCAAAAUAAUCUAACAAAUCAGCCAUAGAAGUUAGUGUAAAUAUUUUUUUUCCAAAUAGAUAUCAUAUACAAAAGGUGACAUUCAAAUGAUAUAGAAUCUAGUUUUUAAAUCAGCACAGAUCUUCUUAAAACUGUGAACUAUGUUUUGAAAUACUCGUUGCUAAAGCUGUUUAUAAACCACAGGUGCCAUAAGAUCCCUGAACUGACUGAUGUUAUGUAUAAUCCUCCAUGGUAUCGUUUCAUUGAUGUUUUAGCUUUAGUAAGCAUGUGUUCAACAAGCCGGCUCUUUCCAUCUCUCUGCCCCUCCUACUC